UUGAGAUUGUCUGCCUAGCACCGGGUGAAAACCAAAAACCAUUGUACAUAAUGUCUGACACUAAUUUUGAGGCUAUGAGUAAUCCUGACAAGUUUCCAUAUGGGACUGGGUGUUUUAGUGCCGACAGACCUAAAAAGUUGACUUAUCAAAAAUACUUUAACCAAAGACUGUUAAAUGUCGACGGUAGGUUUGCCAGUGAUACUGACUACUUGUUUACUGCCCAGUACAUAGUAGAAGCCAAAAAAAUACAAGGUGACUGUAAUCAUUUCAUUUUUAGACAAAAGCCUGGUAGCCUCACUGCUAGUCAAGCUAGAGAUGACUCGUUCGUGAGCCAAUGUCUACGUAGAGAUAAAGCGUAUCGUUUCAUGAAAAACACGAGGAUCUCCCCCAUAUUACCAGAAAACCUUUUUUGAAAUGUUAGCUAUGAUUCGGCAGCUAGGUACACCUACGUGGUUUUUUACAUUAACAGCAGCAGAUAUGAAGUGGCCCGAUAUUAUUCAAACCAUAGCCCGACAGUAUGGUCAAAAUUACACGGAUGAUGAGGUAGCUGCCCUUUCAUUUGAUGAAAAGUCAAAAUGGAUUAGGCGUAACCCAGUUACUGCAGCUAGGCACUUUCAAUACCGUUUAAACACAUUCUUUAAUGAAUUUUUAAAGUCCCCAGCUAAGCCUCUCGGUGAAAUUGUAGACUAUGCAGUUAGGAUCGAGUUUCAAGCUAGAGGUUCUCCUCACGCACACUGUGUGCUUUGGGUAAAAGAUGCCCCAAAAUUUGAAGAAGCCCCUAUGUCUGAAGUGUGUGACUUCAUUGAUCAGUAUGUUUCUGUGUCCAUACCUGAUAGUGGUAAACUAAGAGACUUGGUGUUGCAGCUACAGCAGCAUAGGCAUUCCUCAUAUUGCAAGAGAAACCAAACCUGUCGCUUUAAUUUCCCACACCCUCCUAGUGAUGAAACUUUGAUAGCAGAGGAGAAGCACGAAGAUCGAACUGAUUAUGUAGAAACUUUGAAAAGUGUGCGUAAAGUACUAACAGAAGGCGAUUGUGACGACUUCACAAUUGACGAUGUGCUAUCUAAAGCUAACGUAACUCAGUCUGAAUACAAGGAAGCAUUAGCAGUGUCUGCAAAUGGUUUUGUUAUUGUGCUUAAGCGUAAACCAAAUGAAUGCAACGUUAACAAUUACAAUCCGCAUGUACUACGAGCUUGGCAAGCUAACAUGGAUAUACAGUAUGUCCUCAAUGGCUAUGCUUGUGUGAUGUAUAUAGCUUCGUACAUAAUGAAAACAGAUAGAGCCAUGGGUGAACUCUUGAAGCGUGUAGCAAACGAGACUAGAACCGAAGACCUUAAGACCCAAUUAAAAAAAGUAGGUUCAGCGUUUCUUACACACAGGGAAGUCAGUGCCCAAGAAGCAGUUUAUAGAAUACUACCACUCCCCAUGAAAAGGAUGAGCAGGACUGUAUUUUUUGUUGAUACCAAUCCCCAAAAAGACAGAAUCGGUGUAUUAAAGCCUUCUUCUGCAAUCGAGAACCUUGAUGAUGAUGACCCUAACGUAUUUUGUAAGAACCUAGUAGAGAGGUAUCAACACAGACCAAUUGAGCUUGCAAAUAUAUCUCUAGCUGAUUUUGCUGCUAAUUAUAGUACCGAAUAUAAAGUCGUUGACGACGAUACUGGUGACACUGAUGUACUUCCAUCUGAUGCCAACAGUACUGAGAAUACAGCACGUAAAAUUACACUCACAGGUGGAUUCGGUAAAAUGAAUAAACGUAAUCGGGAAGCAAUCAUAAGGUUCACAAAGUACAAUAAGGAGAAAGACCCCAGUAACUGGUAUAGAGCCAAAUUGAUGCUUUAUUUCCCAUGGUACAGUGAAGAAACAGAUUUGUUAGGUGGCUAUUCAACCUUUGAAGAGCAUUUCCGUAAUGUCCAAUUGUCUGUGAUAGCUAAUGAGAAAAAGUACACACUGUCUGACGUAGAAAACAUUGAAAUUGAUGAGGAUGGCCCCCCACAGCAUGCUUGGGAUCAAGUAGCACCGGGUACUGAAGCUGACAGAGCCCAACAUGAAGCUGAAGGUCCUGAAACUCUAACAGAUUUGUCUGAGCAAGACGUUAGGGACAAUAGUGCAUUGUUUACGUCCACUACCUCUAGUAGCUUACAUGUGCGCUAUGAAGGCGUAGCUAAUCAUGGGGAAAUUCCACCUGAUGAAUACAGAAAGCUUUUAAGAGGUCUUAACAGCAAGCAAAAACAAAUCGUCAUGUUUCACCGUAAUUGGUGCAAGAAAGCUGUGAUAGCAUUAAAGCAUGGUAAACCCAUUGAGCCAUACCGUGUGUUUGUGAGUGGCCCUGGGGGUGUAGGAAAGACCCAUGUUAUCAAACUAAUACAUUCUGAUACUGUUAAAUUGCUUAGGUUGUCUGGCACAAUAGAACCUGAUGAUGUUACGGUUUUGCUUACAGCCCCCACUGGUGCAGCAGCAUUUAUUAUAGGUGGUAUGACGUUACAUUCUGCUCUUGUACUAGGUACCAGUAGAUACGGUGGUUUUCAGCCUCUCAAUCACGAUCGUUUAAACUCCCUACGAAGCAAAUUGUCCAAGUUAGCACUACUGAUCAUUGAUGAAAUAAGCAUGGUUGGUUCCAACAUGUUGCUAGAAGUGCACAAGAGACUAGAGCAAAUCAAAGCUGUCAUGCCGGAUAGGAAUACCUUUGGUGGUGUCAGUACAUUAGCAGUAGGAGAUCUUUUUCAAUUACCCCCCGUCUGCCAAACACCUGUUUUUAGUGUCGUCAACGAUAGUUAUGCUAAACUAUACAACUCUGGUUCAUUGUGGUUAGAUGAAUUUCAAAUGAUUGAGCUAGAUGAGAUUAUGAGGCAAAAGGGUGACUCCGUAUUUUGUGAACUUUUGUGUAGGAUUAGAACGGCUACACACAAUGACAAUGACGUCGCUGUGCUAAAGUCCAGGGAAAUUACUCCUCAGAUGCCCAAUUACCCAAACCAUGCUCUACAUGUGUAUAGACUCAAUGCUGACGUUGAUGAGCGUAACAUGACCAUGUUGAAUGCCUUGGUUCCAGAAAGUCAGCAAUAUUCAAUAAAGUCUCGCGAUUCUAGAGCUGGUCAAACUAGCCACAUUAACCUGUCAACCCUGUCUGACAAGAGAUCAGAAACUGGUGGCCUACACGGCGUUUUGAAAAUUGCAAUUGGUGCCAGAGUUAUGCUAACAACCAAUGUUGACGUAGCAGAUGGGCUAGUUAAUGGUGCUAGAGGUGAAAUAGUCGAUAUAGUGAUGGCUGCUGGUAAGGUUACACACAUUCUUGUAAAUUUUGAUCACCCUAAUGUUGGAGCUAAGGCCAGACAAGGUAGUCAAUUUUUGCAAACGUUCCCAACUGCUGUUCCACUAGUAAAACACGAAGCUGUUUUUAAGGCUAAAGGUAAACGAGGCUCUGAAAUUACUCGGUUACAGUUCCCAUUGACUCUAGCUUGGGCUACUACUAUACAUAAGGUACAAGGUUUAACACUCGAUGAAAUUGUGGUAGACAUGAAAGGUAGCCGCUUUAGCUCUGGUCAAGCCUAUGUAGCAUUCAGUCGUGUUAAAAAGCUUGAAGGUUUGCAUAUAUUGAACUUUAAUGAGAAGGUUAUUAAAGCGAGUGAUGACGUCAAGACUGAAAUGUCUAGAUUAAAUGAUAGGGUACUCAGCCCUUUGUCCGUUGACACAUGUCCUGAAGAUUACAUCACAAUUACAUUACUCAAUGUGAGAUCGCUGCUAGCUAAAGUACCAGACAUUGAAUGUGAUAAAUUAUUUACUUCAGCUGCAAUUCACUGUUUUACUGAAACAUGGUUGCAGUCCGGAAUAGCCAGUCCAUUAAUACAUACAAACCAUCAAUGUUUAAGACUCGAUAGUGUUUCUGGUGAUAGAAAAGGUGGGGUUUUGAUUAGUUUGCCUGAAAAUAUAGAAAUACUGAACUCUUAUGCUGGUGUUGCAAUAGAAAUGCUAUGUGCUCUGCUUCAACUACCUAAUGGACAAACCAUUCAUUUAACUCUUGUGUACCGAUCUCCAAGUGUAUCAAUGAAUGAUUUAUUAGGCUACAUGUAUCCCCUGUUGCAGCAUCUAAAAAGCUUUAAUGUAUCUAUUGUCCUAGGUGACUUUAAUGUGGACAUUCUAACUAACACUAAUUCACAAUUAGAAGUAUUAAUGCUUCGUCAUGGUUAUUCUCAGCUAGUGCACACUCCCACUACAGACAACGGUACUCUUAUAGACCAUGUAUAUUGCAAUAGCCUAGCACCAGAGCGUGUUCAUACAAAGGUUACUGAUGUGUACUACUCGGAUCACGAUGCAGUUCUCUGCUCCAUUCCCCUCGAAUCUAUCAGUCUAACUACGUGACCUGUACACUUAGUGAGUAUUUGAGGCUAUAUAGCUCAACUUACUUACAUUACUGAAUAUUUCUGAAUAAUACGAGUUUGAGACACCUAUAAUUAUUCUUGUGUAUGUCCACGCUCUGACCAUGUUCUAUGCUAUACCUUGUCUGAGACAAAUUUGCUAAUUGGUUGAAACCAGUGCAUUUUAUACAGCCUCUUCAGCUAGAUUAUCUCUGCCUGGUUUCAACCGUAACUGCCAUAAGCAUUCUUUGUACGCUUGUAUACUUUUUUCUGGCUUGGCCAAUCCGUUUUGCUGUUACUCUAUGACUCAAAUGACUCCUAUGACUCAAAUGACUCCUAUGACUCCUAUGACUCAAAUGACUCCUAUGACUCAAAUGACUCAAAUGACUCAAAGUUUACUAAGUGUUCAAUUAACUGUUCCUGGUUCCUGUUGAAGACUAAGAAUGUCUACCGCUGCAGUGAGUUAAAUCCAACCAUGGUGAGUGUAUACAUUUGUAAUUAUAUCAUCUUUACCAUAACUAGUGUCAAGAGUAGAUCUACUAUUGCUAGUGUACAGUGUCAUAAUUCAAUUCUACAGAUAUAGUUUUUGUUUUUUGUGUAUAAUGCUAUACUAUACAAACAUCCUUCAUAUCUUUGUCUUAUAUAUACACACACUAAGGGCCAUUUGUAGUCCCAAGAAAAUUGAUGAACACUGGCUAAUGUAACGACUUCUAAUGGCUGUCUCGACAUACUACAACUGUACAUUGUACGCAAGAAUUAUAACUAUGAUAAAAUGGCUCUGCGACACUCAAAAAUUGAAGAAAAUUAAUGAACGAACUAUUCUUGCAUAGAGACCUCAAUCUAAUGGCUGUCUUCGACGCACAGAUUGUGGCAGAUAACAAACAUACAUCAUACGCAAGAAAAUCGAUAAAACUAUGAACUAUGAUUAUAUAAGAGUGAUACAGCAAAAAUAGAUGUCGCUAUCCUGUUUCUACCUUCGAGCAAUGCUCCCUACUUGAAUUUGGCACUUUAAUUUUGACAGCCUUCCAAAAGCCACAUGGUCAGUCACUUUCGGCCUGAAGCCAUGUUUAUACGUGCACAAAGAGUGGGUAUAUCGACCAUGAUUGUUGUUAAAAACGAUCGAUGCCAAAAAUUCAAGUCUAAAAUUAAUGGCAAUUAGCAGAGCUCUCGCAGUCAAUUUCGCUUUUAUUUAUUUAUUGUUACAACUAUUUUCAGAAUCUAUUUAUACAUCCUUUUUUUACACUUACUUUUGUUAUACUAUUUCUCUUAUUUAUUUAUUGUUACAACUAUUUUCAGGAUCUAUUUAUACGUCCUUUUUUUACACUUACUUUUGUUAUACUAUUUCUCUUAUUUAUUAAACUACCAUUACAUCAUCAUAAUCAUUAUUUUUACACUUACUUUUGUAAUACUUAUUAUUUUCAUUUUUAAACUACCAUUACAUCAUCAUAAUCAUUAUUUUUACACUUACUUUUGUUCUACUAUUUCUCGUCAAAGGAGGUUGACAUCUGCGUGUCAUGUGUUAACACACAUUCCUGAACUUUGACCUAAGGAAUGACACGCGGAUGUCAUGUGUUAACACACAUUCCUGAACUUUGACCUAAGGAAUGACACGCGGAUGUCUUGCCUCCUCUGAUUUCUCGUUAUCCAUUUCUACCAUUACAUCAUCAUAA